AUGAGUGGAUUCGUACCACUUUUCAUGAGAUUCUGGAUAGUAAGCUUCCAAGAGGGGAAAAAUGCGUUGGAUCGAUUAGCUGAUGGAGCUGCUGUGCAUGGGUUUCGACGGUUGGCAUAUAUUUCUGUCUCAACAUCAUCAAUUUUGGACAAGCUCAAAAGCGAACUAGAAAAAACUAUGGACAACCCAGAUGCUCGUGUCUCUGACCACUAUCAAGCCUCUACCUUAUCUACGUGCCUUAUGGUUUUGAAAUCGUCAAGCAAAGGGCGACCGACCCGGGUCAUCUCUCCUAAUACCCCUACAAGCAUGAUUGUGUAUUUAGCUCAUCCCCUUGAAGAAAUCUUCCCCAACUCCAUGACAUACCGUCCUGAGCAAUGGAUCCAAAACCCUCGUCUAGACGAAUAUCUCUUCGGAUUUGAAAACGGGUCUCGUGGCUGUGCAGGCAUCGAUUUGGCCUAUGCUGAGUCGUAUAUUACUAUUGUUCGGACUUUAAGAAGUUAUGGAUCAGCUGAUUGCCGCCACCAGGACGAUAAAGAGUGUGUUGGAGCUUUGAUGCUACUUAAAGUAUAG